AUGUAAUUAUGGCAUUAGGUAUGGGUAGUUUCGACUCCUUGUUCAUCGCCGGAGUGUCUUGUUAAAAUGGGGAGGAAGAGAAGAAACCGGAGAGAAAUCCGAAUCUGAUGUUGCCGGGAGUGGAGUUGGCUCGGAAGCGCAGGAUGCAUAACCGCCUCGACGGCUGGGCGCGGCCGCCGGAGCCUUCGCCCUCGGCGCGGCUCCCCCUUUCGCACCGGCCGUCGCCUUCGACGGCGAUGGGCGAGUCGGCCCUCGCCGCGCGUCUCCGCCUCGCGGAGAAGCUUCAGAGCAUGCACGGCUCCCACCGCCCUCCUACUUCUUCUCCUUCUUCUUCUUCUUCUUCUUCUUCUUCUUCUUCUUCUUCUUCUUCUUCUUCUCUCUCCACCGCUUGCGGCGCAGCCGGAAGGUCGGCGGCGCUUGAACCUGCUGCGGAUGCGCAGGAGAGCAGCAGGAGGGGAGAGGCGCUGCAGAGGAGCAGGUCGAGGGUGGAGGUGUGCGCGGUGUGCCUGGAGGAGGUGCAGGCGCAGCAGAGGGUGACAUGGCUGCCGUGCGCGCACAAGUAUCACACGGAGUGCCUGCUGCCAUGGCUGGCAGCUCGGUCGCAGUGCCCCUGCUGCAGGACUCAUGUCGCUGCUCUGCCUCUGCUUUCCUAGCACUAAUUUAGAGGCCUUUGGUUUUGUUUUGCUGAAGAAGAAGAAGAAGAAGAAGAAGAAGAAGAAGUGAAUUGAUCUUGAUUAAUUUGUUGAAUGCAUUCUGAUUGUGAAUCUUCUGUGGCUGAAAUCGAUAUUGGUAUCAGUGGAAACCGGAAUGCCAAUUUCACGA